AUGGUGCGUAACACGCAGUCUGCUUCUUCGAUUCGCAACAUCAAGUCUGUUGUUCCCCUGCUUGACCGCGUGCUCGUUCAGCGCUUUAAGCCGGAGACCAAGACCGCCUCCGGCAUCUUCCUGCCCUCGUCGUCGAGCCAGACGCCGCUUCCAGAGGCCUCGGUGAUUGCCGCUGGUCCUGGUGCUACGGACAAGGACGGCAAGGUCGUACCCACGAGUGUUCAGCCUGGCGACAAGGUGCUGCUUCCCUCUUGGGGUGGCAAUUCGAUCAAGGUCGGCGAAGAGGAGUACCUGUUGAUUCGCGACUCAGAGAUCCUGGCGAAAAUUAACGAAUAA